AUGUCGAGAAACACCGAUGAGGCUCGCCUGUCGUCGUCACAGUUGCGAUCUCUCUUCGAUGUGCUGACCCAUAAUGAAUCAUAUGACGAAAUCCAGAAUCUCAAGCAUUCCAGCGUCAUCAGUGAUUUUGGACAUCCAAUACAAACAUCAGAGAGGGCGCCUAGUUCGUCGCCUUUGUUACAAAACCUGCUUUGCAGGUUCAUCACAUCACUCCCCGGCCUUCGCGACGUAACGGCUGAAGCAUGGAGUGGCAAAAUUGCUGUGCUCGCCUCUGCUUUGGCGGAUUGCAAUCUUAGCGAAAGCUAUGACAAGGGUGCCAUUGGGAUCCGGAGGACUCUUUCCACGGCAAUAGCUUCAAUAGUUGAGAGCGUCUCGCGGGGUGUCCUCGGAGGCCUUGCUAAACAACCAGGUGUACCUGGUCGAAAAUAUGAUCCCUCCAAUCCAGAAGACGUUCAGACAGCUUGGGACGAUCUGCUCCAACAAGCUGUAGAGGGAGACUUGGUAGAUGACCUAUUUGCAAAAAUUGCAGCCACCGACAAGCUUUCUGAGCAGAGUUCUUUAGUACAAAGUGCUCAUCAAUACAUUAUUAUAACGCUUGCUUCUUUCAUGCACUAUACUCUGAUCGUUUCUCCACGCGGCCAGACCAUGCUUCCUCUUCUGGUCAGAGCCAACGAUUUGCUGCCCUAUUUCGUGAUACGUCAAACGUUGAAGGUAGGAAAUGCGGCAUCUAUGGUCAAUGGUUUAGUCAAGGUUGUCCUGGCAAAGAUGAAUAUGAGUUCUUUCGCUGGCUGGUUUGGAGGCGCGCCAUCCGACUCUGGUAUGAAUCUGCUGCACAUCAUAUCUACGGUCCUGACUUGGGACGUCAACGUCUUAAAGAAGAGGGCAAGUAGUGUCGAAAAGCAACAGGGCACGCUUACCACCUCUGACCUGGUUGCCAUCCGCGAGUAUUGCCACAUGUCUCACGAAGACCAACAAGUGAUAAGGGAUCAUAGCACUUCAGAUCAAAGUUCUGUGAUCAAAGCAAUCUUCCGGCACGGUGGCAAAGACAACUAUAUUGACACUGAAGGACACAAGAAAGCACUAGAAUAUCUGGCAAUUCAGCUUUCCAUUAGCGACCGAGACAAACUGAUCCAAAGUCUCUGCAACCGCCAACCGGAUAUACUUACGUCGACGAUUCGUAUAGUCGUCGCUGCAUACGAGCCAAUCAUUAGAAGCCUUCAUAAAGCCGUCAAUCUAAGUGAUGGAGUUCACGAUAUGCAACAAUUUAUGUCUGAUCUGAUUGACUUGGCAAGAGUUGACUGUAGGACUGCCGCUAAGACGCCUACUGUCGAGGACUUUUGCAUCCUAUUGCAAAAGCACUCAGAGAGCUCCCAUAGAUUUCUGCAUCAAAUACUCAAAAAUAGCCCUCAAUCGAGGCAAAUGUAUUUAGAAUAUAGCCACCUCGCUUUGUCUCAAUACAAAUGCAAAGGUCGUCAGGGAGCCGACGACCAAGCAAGUGGUGCAGGUGACAUGUCAGUCGACCUGCAGGAUCUUUACACAUCUCUAUCCCCUGAAGCUAAGGCUACUGUAAGCGAGGAGCUAGAGCACUACACACAUUACCUAUACACGCUGCAGAUCAAAUCCUCAGGAAAGCUGACCGCCGUGGUCGAAAACCUUGCCAAAGAGACCUCAGAAACAAAGUUAGGCCCUGGAAUCUUUCUAGCCAAAUGGCAAGCAUUGAUCGAUGCAACGCCCAUCACACCCGAAUACAUGGAGGCGCCUGUGCGGACUGCAAACAGCAAGAGUGUCAAGGACGCAACGGCGAUUGAUACAGAUGGAGGAAAUAGAGGUCUUCUAGCCAGCCAACACAAUGAGCAGGACGAGUACCCAGCCCAGCCCAGCUGUAGUGAAACCGUAAGGAACAACAAAAGCUGCUCGAGAGCGACAACGAUCUAUGAACAAUGGGGCGUGGACAUUCAAGAUUUCAAUGUCUUCAAGGUCAAAAUCCUGAACCUAAGAUUGUUGCCCAGCAAAACAAGUAGACCUAGCCUUUCGAGCAUUUCCGAACAUUAUGCGGCAAAGCUAUAUCUUACAUAUCAGAUGUGA